AACCCCCCAAAACCCUACACAACAGCCACCUCCCCUCCAUGGUCCGAUUCCCUCCCCCUCGCCGCCGCCGGAGGCGGUCAAACGAUGCUAUCCCUCCCUCCGCGCCGCCACCUCCUCCGCCUCUGCGCUCGCCGGAAUCCUACCCUCCUCCGCCUGUCCCUCGCCGCCACCGCCGCCGCCCUUUCCACCGCUCCCACCGCCGCCUCCGCCGGAGCCACUCCCAUCUCCGACCGCCUCCGCCUCCUCCGCUCCCUCCACGCCGUCGCCCCCGACCACCUCCUCUCCCAUCCCCUACCCUCUUCCGCUCACGUCUGCCUCGCCGCCCACCUAGCCGCCCGCGCCCGCCUCUUCGCGCACUCCCGCCGCCUCCUCGCCCGCCUGCUCGGCGCCGGCCACCGGCCCUACCUCACCGCAUCGCUCGUCGACCUCCUCCACCGCGCGGCGCUCGAGCUCGGGCCUCGCCGCAGCGCGCUCCCCUCCGUCCUCGACACGCUCCUCUCCCUGCUCGCCGACCGCGGACUCCUCGACGACGCCGUCCGUGCCCUUGCCCGCGUGCGCCAGCUGCGCGUGCCCCCAAACACCCGCACCUGCAACCACAUUCUCCUCCGUCUCGCCCGCGACCGCCGCGCCGGGCUCGUCAGGCGGCUCUUCGAGCAGCUGCCCGCACCCAACGUGUUCACGUUCAACAUCGUAAUCGAUUUCCUGUGCAAGGAGGGGGAGCUUGCGGAGGCAAGGGAACUGUUCAAGAGGAUGAAGGCGACGGGCUGCUCGCCGGACAUCGUCACUUACAAUUCUUUGAUUGACGGGUAUGGCAAGUGCGGGGAGCUGGAGGAGGUGGAGCAGCUGGUUGGGGAGAUGAGGAGGUCUGGAUGUGCACCUGAUGUUGUGACGUACAAUGCAUUGAUCAAUUGCUUUUGCAAGUUUGGGAGGAUGGAGAAGGCGUACAACUACUUUGGUGAGAUGAAGAGGGAGAGGGUGAUGACAAAUGUGGUCACAUUUAGCACCUUUGUUGAUGCAUUUUGCAAAGAGGGGAUGGUCAGGGAGGCAAUGAAGCUGUUUGCACAGAUGAAGGUGAGGGGAAUGAUGCCAAAUGAGUUCACUUAUACUUCGUUAGUCGAUGGCACCUGCAAGGCAGGGAGGCUUGAUGAUGCCAUUGUAUUGCUCGAUGAAAUGGUACAUCAUGGGGUGCCACUGAGCGUGGUCACAUACACCGUGCUGGUUGAUGGCCUUUGCAAAGAGGGUAAGGUUGCAGAAGCGGGUGGUGUUUUGAGGCUGAUGGAGAGAGCUGGUGUUAAAGCCAAUGGGUUGCUGUACACUACACUAAUCCACGGGCACUUCAUGAAUAAGAAUGGUGAGAGAGCACUGGAUUUGUUGAGUGAGAUGAAGAAGAAAGGAAUGGAACUUGAUGUUUCACUCUAUGGCACCCUCAUUUGGGGUCUCUGUAACGUUCAAAAGGUGGAGGAAGCUAAAAGUAUGUUACAUAAAAUGGAUGGGUGCAGUUUGAAACCUAAUAAUGUCAUCUAUACGACAAUAAUGGAUGCUUGCUUUAAAGCAGGAAAAGAGUCAGAGGCCAUUGCCUUGUUGAACAAGAUGCUGGAUUCUGGGUUCCAACCUAAUGUUGUAACUUAUUGUGCAUUAAUUGAUGGAUUGUGCAAAGCAGGAUCAAUCACUGAGGCAGUCUCCCAUUUUAACAAAAUGAGAGACUUAGGUCUAGAUCCAAAUGUACAGGUUUACACUGCCCUAAUUGAUGGUUUUUGCAAGAAUGGUUCCUUGAAUAAGGCUGUUCAGUUGUUGAAUGAAAUGGUUGACAAGGGUAUGCCUCUUGACAAAGUUGUGUACACAUGUCUUAUUGAUGGGUACCUGAAGCAGGGAAAUCUCGAGGAUGCCUUUGCACUCAAGGCCAAGAUGAUCGAAAGUGGUUUGCAACUUGAUCUCUAUUGCUACACUUGUUUUAUCUGGGGCUUCUGUAAUAUGAACAUGAUGCAAGAGGCUAGAGAAGUUCUUUCAGAAAUGAUUGGAAACGGUAUUACUCCUGAUAAGAUGGUUUACAACUGUUUGAUAAGCAAAUACCAGAAAUUGGGGAACAUGGAGGAAGCAUCAAAUCUUCAGGAUGAAAUGGAAAGUGUUUUACUCUCUUGUACAGAAGAUGCUACUGCUUCUGGUAGUGAAACUUGAGGUUGCUCUUGUACGAGGUAACGAGGUAUAAAUGGGUAGUUUGCUCGGUUCUGUAACAGAGCUAAUGGGAAAUUUAAUCAUGCCUUUUCAAAUUUGGCAUCUGAUGAAGACUGUUGAGUAACUUGAGCGAGAUAAGAGUAUCAGAAGCCCACUGAACCACACAGUGCCAUGUGCUGCCAUGCUGCAAGAACAGUUUCAGCUUAUUGAUGUCUAUAUAGUUCAAUUGCAGAAAUGUUGACACUAUAUCAAAAGAGGGGAUUUUCUUGGAGUCAAAGGAGGAACACAAGUUUUGAAAUGCUUCAAUGGUCAAUACCAUUUAUCAUACUUCCACUGAUCCUAAUGCCAAGAAUAGAUCACUGAGUGUGUGAAGCAUAUUUUGAAUGGGUUGGGCUCUACGGAUGAGAUGACUUUGGUUAAAGAAGUCUGAGCCAGAACGACCAUGGGCAGGUCUUGACUUACCAGUGCAUGCCAAUGCCAAGGCCCUGUUUGAGAUCUCAGUCACAAUAAUGGUUGGUGAAGGCACCACCACAUUGUUUUGGACCGAUCCCUGGAUUCAUGGUAACUCUAUCCAAGACUUGGCACUAGCACUUAUAUCUUUCAUACCGAGACGUAUUCAAUCUCAGUGGAUGGUCUCUCAUGCUUUGGAAGAUCGCAGCUAGGUACGUGAUAUAAAAGGAGGCUUAUCUACAACGGCUUUGUUUCAGUACCUACAGCUAUGGGAUAUUCUCCAACAUUUUGUGUUGUAUCCUAGAGAGGGUGAUCAUCACACAUGGUUGCGGGAUCCCUCAGGUCAAUUCAACACACGGUUGGGCCUAUCUCUUCUUUUUCAUUGGUAGUAUGUGCUUUGAACCAUGGAAAAGGCUAUGGAAAUCUUGGGCGCCAUGCCGCUGCAAGUUCUUUAUCUGGUUUGCAAUCCUUAAUCGUUGCUGGACAGCAGAUCGCUUGACUCUCCGUGGUAUGCCUCAUCCGGAGAGUUGUCCCCUCUAUGACCAAGAGGGCGAGACGGUUCAACACAUAUUGUGUUCUUGUGUCUUCGCUCGAGAUUUGUGGUACAGACUUCUCACCUGGGUUGGCUUGCAGCAGCUCGCACCAUCCGAUGCCGAUGAUAAAUUUGCUGAUUGGUGUUGCCGAGCACAGUGAAGGGCAAGCAAGGAUAGGCGGAAAGGACGCAACACCUUGAUCAUGCUUGCAGCUUGGUGGUUAUGGAAGCAUCACAAUGAUUGCAUAUUCAACGGCACUGCCCCAAGAGUGGAGGUUGUUUUACAAGAAAUAUCUGUGGAGGCUCACCUAUGGAUCUCGGCAGGGGCGAGGGGGCUAGCGGCUCUAUUGCAUGACUAGAUGCUGGAGUUCGCUCUUGGCUGGUUGGCGUGUGUAUAGCUGACUUGUUUUUGGUUUUGUUUUGUUUCCGUGUUUGUUUGCUACUGCUUUUAGGGGCAUUGUAAAGGGACCGACUCUUUUCUUCUAUCUAUAAUACAAAAGGCGCGCAGCUCUCUUGUGUGUUCGAGAAAAAAAAGGGACCGAUCUUAACUUAUAAACCAACUACUUGUUUGUUAAGUAGUAAUAUGGGUUGGAAAUCAUUGCCUUGGCCUCAUAAACAAGUCUUGUAAAAAAGAGAACGGGGACAUCCCACCAAAAUCAUAGGAUUAUCCUAUGAGGUGGUUACUCAAAUUAAACUCCCCAGUGAUUGUCUUUAUUAUGGAUAAUCCUUAUUAUGCUGCCAGACAUGGAGAAACAAGCAAAUAACAUUUGGCUGAUAUUCCUUGUUCAUGUCUCCUUUUUCUUUCUUAUUCAAUAUUUAUCUGAUAUUUCUUUUCCUAAUUCCUUUUUGCUUUCUUGCUCAAUGUUCAUGUUUUUCUGUCUUAAGUAGAGUGGAUUUCGAAAUAUGUGGUAUAAGUGUAUUAACAUCCGUUAUUCCGUUGUUUUUCAAUGGUCCAUCUUACUGAAAAACUUGAAUGACUUUGCAGGUAUUGGAAAUUCAAUGAAGUAAUUUUUAAUCAAUUAGCCUAUGGCAUAGGUAAUUGGUUAUUGAAUGUUGCUUCAGUUUUCCUAUGGUCUCAUGAAGACCUCAUUGUCAUUUGGUCCAAUAGAAAAAUGUCAGUGGAUUGAUGGCCUAUCUACACAUAAUAAUCCUUUCCUCAUGUUGCUAAAGAAGUCUCACACAAACCUAAUGAAGAAUAGAUUUUGCACCUCAUUACCUCUUGUCACAUGUCCGGCUUUCCAUGAAUAGGAUCCAUUAUUCCUAACUGAACUGAUGGAUGCAGCAUCAGAAACAGCCUAGAGCUAGAAUAUAAUACCAUAUUCUUCUACAAUCUGCUCAACGACAACAGAAUAUUGUCAAGAGUGCACACAAAUCUGAUGCCUUUUAUGAGUCAGUGGGUCUCCUGUCACACAUAUUUAAAAGAAAUCCGUACUUCUAGCACCUUUGUGUGCGAUGACAAGGUUUUCCGGUAAUCUAUAAAUUUUAGAGAAACCUGUUGACUCAAUCGGAUCCGCACAAGCAAACAAAAAUGAUUGUGAACUAAGGCAGGAUGCUUUGCAAGUUUGCAUACACUUAUUUCUGGUGUUAAUACAGCAAAUGUGAACAUGCGGAUCCUAACUCUUCAAGAUUCUUCAAAGUGCUAUGAACCAUACUUUUACAUGGGUCAGAAUGGCGAAGGGUGAAUCUCAUUCCUGGAAGGAUGGACGGCACAAAUUUAUGUUGGCAAAAGGAGAAACCUAUUGGUAAGGGUAUCAUAGAGGCCUCAACUGACUGGUUUCAUCUUGAUGUUGGCUACAUAUGGCCUGCCAAUUUGACCAGGACAACCCUUUCCUUCAUGGUAACUAUCAGGGUUUAUUCCUGAACGAUGCAAGAAGUGGUACUUCCGGUGAACAGGACAAAUGGGAGAGGAAACAUAUUGGUGAUUGGGAUGAGACUGAAAUAUAUUGAUCUGAGGAAGAAGAAUAGUGUGUUUUUUGGCGAUUAAGAAAAGAUUAAGCGAGUUGUGGGGGCUGGCAUUCUUAGUCCUACAGGCUGCAGAACAUGGUGGAGCCGAUUUUUCUAGGCUACCAUCUCGUUUCAGAUAACUGAUAUUCUGAAUAACUACUCGCAAACAUUACAUAGAUGUGUGAACAGAGGCAGAUAUGUAAUAAAAAAAUGGAUAAGCCUUGGUUUCUUCAAGUACCAGUUUUGCACAUAGAGCAGUGUACUA